UCUACCGAUUUCCUCUCAACUUGAUAAAUUGAGAAACUUUACGCCUUUUGGGAAGGACUGAAAGUUGACAAGAUGGCUGACUUUGACUGGGCACAAUCUGUGCUGGAUGCUGAUGGGCGUCCGAGCCUGAGCAACAUUGCAAAGGCGCUUCAGAUCCUCGCCGAUUCUAGUGCUAACCCUGAGUUGAGAUCUCGGAUGCAAGAUGUUUCUUUCCAGCAGUUACUUUCGUUGUUCUCUGGCCUUGCUGUCAGUAGUGAAGAAGAGUCGACCGACCAAACCCUAUGGAGAAAUCUGCUACGCUGUAUCGGCAACAUGAUCGCCGAUAAUGACGGCCGUAGAUCUGAAAUGGUUACGGACCCGAUAUAUCUGAAGACUUUGAACACAUUUUUGACAGCCAACUCAAACACCCCUGAAGCCAUGGCAUUAACAGAUACCGCCAUCAAAGUACUCUUCAAUCUAUGCACAGACUACACUCCUGCCCAACAAGAAUGUUUCAGGCAAAACAUCCAUCGAUCCUUGAUCUACUGUCUCGACUCACGACUAUCCACCGAUGAUGGUGUCUGGGGUCUGGCUCUCGACUUGACAUGCAUGAUUGUGGAACACAAAGCCGAACUGAAGCCAUCAGAGGACUACCCUGAUUUUGAAAUCAACGCACCUCGAUUACUGAAACUGCCUCUUGCAGAUGUUGAUGCAACGGCUUUCCUCGAUGCACUGACACUCGUUGCUGCUCAUCUUCUGGACAAGGACUUCGUGCAAGGCAUUGUAAAACACAAACAAAUCGAGCAUAUCUGGAAGCUACUCAAGCGGAACGAACAGAGAAUGCUUAGCGAUCGCGAAGCAGAAGACGAGGAAGACUAUAACGAGAAGCAAUAUCUUCAGUUCCAGCUCGUGCUGUCUCAAGGACUGGCAGACAUGACCGCCUUACCACUUUACAACGAGAAGUACGAUACAUCCGACCCCUUCAUACAAUCUCUCUACUCCCAGACGAUACCCACCUCGACAGACCCGUCGUCGCGAUCGCCAGUUGCACCUGCAGCUUGUCUGAUCCUUGGGAAUCUCAUCAUAUCCGACGAAGCAGCCAUUACACUAGCUCCACACGUACCGAUAAAAGACCUCUUCGCCGAACUCGGGCGGUCCAACGACUCUGCCUUCCUUAACGCUGCAUCAGGACUACUACGCCACCUUUCAACGCCGAUGCAGAAUCGCGAACAAUACUUCGCAGACACUGAGUACCUACGAUCAACUCAGCGCUUGUACACAGACGUAUCGCUUGAACAAGUCCAGAUGGGUGGUCUUGCUCUCACACGACAAAUGCUCGCAAACAUGAAGCCGAGACUGGUCGCAAUGCUCGUACAUGCAAACAUAAAUCUCCUUUCUACACUCCUUUCCACCUACCAAAAUACGACUUCCACAUCGGUCAAGCUGGAGAUGUCAAGACUAGUAGUCAGCUUCUUCCGCACACUACAAGCAUCGUCAGCAACGGUAUCAGAGGUCGAGACUGGAGAAGAAGAGGCCGUCAAAGCAUUAUUCGAUACGCCGGUCAACACUUCCUCUAUCCUCGAUCCACUCAUCUUCAGCAUCAAGCAUGCAGCCGAACCAGGUAUAAUCGCCAUCCAGGCAGAAGCAUGGCUAGGCUUGAACCUCGCUGCUCGCCUUCCUGGUGGCGCAAGCGAAGUAGGCGACGCAUUCUCCGAUGAUGAUGAGCUGUUCGCAUUAUUCACAUCACGAUUGGGCGGUCAGGGUGGGCAAGCUACCAAUGGCGAAGAAUCCAAAGAUGCACGUCCAGGGUGGUUGAAGGAGAAGGAAAGAGACAAUGCUGUACUGCUCAGUGCUGAGUUGAUCAAGGCUGGGGAUGUGGAUGAAAGUGUCAAGGAGAAGUUCAGGGCAGCAUUGAAUGAGAGGGAUAUCCGGAUUGGAUGAUUAAACAGCAAACAAUUGUGAGGUGGUUUCUCUGACCAUUUCAGUGGACACAUUGAAGAUAUUGGAAAAUUGUGCGUUUUGCGAGCAUUCUCAAAAUGCCCAAAAAGAAUCGCGUGGCCCACAGUGUUCAAACCUGACGAAAUUUUUGAAACCAAGCGAGCGUUGCUAACUUUGUUCCAAAUUCGGGAAAUGCACAUAGCCGUAUAGAUUAU